AUGUGGUUUCAAGAUGUAAGAACACUAAAAGAAGGUUUAGAAUUCAAUGGUAUUACAUUACAUUUAACAUCUUGCCAACAUGGUUGCAUUCUUUCUCGUAAAGAAUUGAAUGACUAUGUCAAAAAAAUAAAUAUUCAAAUGUUAAAAUCCCAUUGGAUGGAGAAACAAUCGAAUUAUAAAUAUUUGUUUUUCAACUAUAUUAAAUAG